AUGACUGGCUACUUGGCCCGGGAGGUUCUUCAAGUUGGAGAACAAAACGGCUUUGCACCAGAGCAAGUGCUGGAUGACCUCGUCGCAUCGCUGGAUACAAAGUCAUAUCCGAUGUACCACCGCCUUUUGCAGGCAUGCAAAAGUCGAGUCUGCGAGGCUGUCCUCCACUGCGUACAAGUCGAGCCGUGGGCGCAGAUGGUGAGGAAGUCCUCCCGGGGACUGUCGAGAAUGACAGUCAGAGACUGCGAGUACUUCUUCACCUCUACACCAAAGAUGUCCCCUCCCACGCUGUCGUUGUCCACACCAAACAGAUGUGCAGGCUUGUACCAGGCGAUAUAUGAAUCGCUAUCUGCAAGGGUUGCCAGCGGAUUACGAGGAUGUUUUUUGCAUCUCUCCUCUGAGGUGAACCUUUUGAACUAUGCAUUUUUACACUAUGCAUGGGAUAAGAGGGUCGAUAGAGCCAACAAGGGGCAUUAGAAAAAGUUGAACGUCGACCCGAAGUCUUAAAAAAGAAAAUUUAAAUAAUUUUGAAAAAAUAAUUGAAAACCUUUUCGCGGUAAAUCACCUGGUUAUCCCCCAUAUGACCCCCUAAAACCAUCAAAGUGCCUCCUGUCUUCUUAUGCAAUUGAAAACAUGUGUUUGUAAAAAAAAAUUCCUCAAAAACCAUUUAUUUGGACCCUUUCGAAGGUAAGUUUGUUAUAACUUUUAAUAAUUAUAUGCUUUUAAGCAACCCGAGUCAGCAAUGGAAUGGUGUUCUAUUACAAAAGGAACUUAAAAGGUCAUGAAUAUCCAAUUUCCUGUAAUUUAAUAUUAAAAAAUGCACCUCUGACCUCUUAAUGAAAACUGGAUGAAAUUCGAAAAAAAUAAAAAUAAAAAAAUUCAAAAAAAUCCAAAAAAAUCUUUAUAAAUCCUAAUAUAAUUAGUUCAUCUAUUUUCUUUACAGAUUUAAUAAAAAUGUCACGAUUCCUUGUCAAUAACCCUAACCCUAGGCUUAUGGAACAAGAUGCUGCUUUGGAUGAGAUAGAUGUACACCACAUGGCAUUCAACAUACCUGUGGAUCAUGAAGGAACACUUGAUGUACUUAAAUCAUUUGGACAGUAGGUCGAUCCGACAUAGACCUCUACUGUAUUGUGUCUUGUCGAAUUGUGUUGCAUUUGUAUUUAAAAAAUCAUACUUUCUUUUUACAGGUUCUUACUUGCUCGAGGCCCAAGUCGGUGGCACCAACAUCAGUCAAUAUGCUGGGUGUGCUGGAUGCGCUACGAGACGUUGUUGACCAAAGUACCAUCACGUCAUUCACAGAGUUCGCCGAAAGGGAAGGGAAAACAGUUAAUGGUGCACUGCACUCAAAAAACAACACCUGUUUUUGCAUAAGUGGCGAAGAUCUUGAGGUACGGAUAACAAGGAAUUUUCCCAAGAUCGCCAAUCCUAUAGAGAUCUUCGUCUCUUACAGCGACAUCAGGUCAUAUUGGGUAGCAGGCUCAAGUUGAUGGCACCAACAUCAGCCAAUAUGCUGGGUGUGUUGGAUGCGCUACGAGACGUUGUUAACCAAAGUACCAUCAUGUGAUUCACCGAGUUCAGCGAAAGAGAAUGGAGAUAUGUAUUGUAUAUGUAUGUAUGUAUGUUUUCUCAAUAAUUUUGUGUUGUUUAAUAUAUCAUGCAAUUCAAACCAAAUCAGUUGCACACGCAGGACACAGCAGUAUAUAGCUACUAUAUGUUAGAUUUAUGAAAACGUAAAGACACAAGGAGUGCAUGAACAUCAUUAUAUUUAAUUUAUGUUCCAUCUGAGUGGUUUUAUGGACAAACUUUGUUAGUGACUUAAGAUCUAUACCUUCGAUAAGCUGCAAUUGUCUAAGAGCCACUUCUUAAGAGCAGAGUUAUAGAAUACAGUACAGCUAGCUAUUUCACAUUCACCCGAUUGGCGCGUUUGACGCCAGCUGACAGUUGAAAAUUUUGUCUCCGAUUGCUCAGCUGCCAGCCAAGCUGUACUAUAGUAUACUAUUUAUUAAAUAAAUGUGCGCAUUUCGGAGACUGGUUCUAGAAUGUUUUCAUAAGCAGAAAACCACCAAAAUUACAUUAAAUUUUCCGAAAAUCAUUCAAAUGCAUGUAAAUUCAUCUUCCCAAUGCAUACAGCUAGCUAUGCGACAGGUAAAUAAACGAGAAAAAAAAAUGUGGCAAAGAGAAAAAUCCAAAUUCGUUCACGCCCACUCUGGGAUGGAACUCACGAUCCUCAGCAUUUGCCUUGAGUGUUCUUCCCGCACGCCACCACGCCUUACAUGCAAUAUAUGUUAAUUUAUUGUAUAUAUACAGGUCAUUCUUAGCCAGCGCGAUUUAUGAUUAAAUAUGUACACCAUUGUAUACGGCCAAGGGUACAGUAGCAACCGAGCCAUAUCUGCUCUUACAAUACAAUACUUACAAUACAAUACAAUACUUACAAUACAUGUCUGGUAACUACAGACAGGAUUGGCUGAUAGCCGUAUUGCCGGCUGAUAGCCCCGAUGUAUUGUAGUAUACUGUAAUGAUAUUCAAUGACUUGUCCAUCUUCAUAUAAAUUCUGGUAGCUCCAAGCAAUUGGGCAUAUUUGUUUUAUUAAAAGUCUUGUGCUAUACAUGUUGGUUGUCUAUUAAAGUAUUACUUAUUAGUUGUCACACAAUAUAAAACAUGGUGUCAGGUGUGAAGAAUUCUUGUCUUAUUUGAAGAAGAUAGGAAGAUAUUAUGGCUGCAAAGGUCCCGCCACCUAAGGAGUUAAAUUUGGAUAACAAUGCAAAUAUAUCUGAAGCGUGGCGUAGGUGGAAAAGAGAAUUUGAAUUCUUCUUGGUCGCUACAGAGAGUGAUAAGAAAGUAGACAACAUAAAGACUUCAACAUUAUUGAUGUGCAUUGGCCAGAGAAGUAGGGAAGCAUACUAUAAUUUUAUAUUCGACAGUAAUUAAGAUAGCAUGAAAUAUAAAACAGUUAUUGAGCAAUUUGAUGCCCACUUUUGUCCUAAAUCGAACAUUACAUUCCAGAGAUGUAAGUUCUUUCAUGUAAAGCAACAAGAAAAUCAACGAAUCGAUGACUUUAUAAAUUAUCUUAAAACUAAAGCGCAAGAAUGCGAAUUUAAGGAAUUAACUCAAAGCUUGAUUCGAGAUAGAAUAGUGUGUGGUGUAAGCAAUUUGAAACUCCAAGAAAGGCUGUUAAGAGAGUCGGACUUGACAUUAGAUAGAGCAGUUCUUUUAUGUAAAGCUGAUGAAGACACUAGAAAACAAACAGAUGAAAAUCAAAAACAUACAGUAGACUCUGAUAAUAAAAUAGGGGCUGUUAAAGUUAAUGGUAAAUACAAGAGUAGAAAGCACAAUAAUUAAACACGAAACAAUACAAAAUACGAACAAAGGCCAAAAUCCAAAUAUUCCAACGAAACUAAAGGGUCAAAAUUUCCCAAAUUCAAGUCUUGUAGAUAUUGUGGUAAACUACAUGAUAGGGGACAAUGUCCAGCUUAUAGCAAAGUCUGUACAUCUUGUGGUAAAUCAAAUCAUUUUGUUGCUGUAUGCUUGACAUCAAAACGAGUGAAAGCAGUGCAUGUUGAAAAUGAAAAUGAGUCUACAGAGUCUGAGGAUAAUGAGUUCUUCAUAGGCUCAGUAAAAAUAGAGUCAAAACCGAACACAUCUGAAUUUAACAUCGACAUGGAUAAUCAGAAUGAAUGUCAAAAUAAGGAUAAAGAGAGUGUGGAACCAGGCACAAAUAAAACUGAAUAUUUCGUCAAUGUAGUUUUAUCAGAGACUGACCAUUCAAAUGACUGGAUCUUACCAUUACAGACAUCAGGCACAUAAAUAAACUUCAAAUUAGAUACAGGUGCACAAUGCAACAUAAUAUCAAGAAAGAUAUAUGACUGCAUACCAAAUAAACCUAAACUACAUGUAGCUAAGGACAAAGCUGACAAGUUAUGAUGGGGGCAUAGAUAUCUUAUAUAAACUAGAUAGCGCAUCUCUUUUAGUAAAAUUGAAGCCAAGAAUAUCCCAGCGGUUACCCCCAUUUGAAUAGAUGGUGGCCAUGUUGGAUCUUCCCACUCACUAAUAAACGCUUAAAAAAUAACAAUAACUUUCAUCAUUUGAAUAGUUUGAAAAUGUAUUUAUAAUAGGAUUAACUUAAUGUUUAAGUUCCCUGUUUAAGAAAUAGGAUACAUACGAAUCUUCUCAUUUCAUGGGAAGAUCCUGAGCCUGCAAUCACGGCUUCAAUUUUUGAAUUGCAGAAUAAUUAGAUGCGCUAUCUAGUGUAUAUAAGAUAUCUAUGGAUGGGGGCAAUAUUGAAAUAGAAGGAAAGUGCAUAGUUAGAAUAACUAAGCCUGAUGCACCUGGAAAGUCUUAUCCAAUACAAUGUUUUGUUGUGCCUACUGAACUACCGCCAAUAUUAGGUUUGGAAACAUGCACACGCUUAGGUCUAAUGAAAAGAGUAAUGCUGGUAAAACCUGCAACAACAGAUUACCUUGUAUGAAUAUGAUGAUAUUUUUGGAGAGAUAGGGGUAUUAAAUGGUGAACAUGAUAUUAAUCUAGACCCUUCAGUACCUCCUGUUAUAAACAAUCCUAGACAUAUUCCAUUUGGGCUUAAAGAAAAAGUAAGAAAUGAAUUUGAUAGGAUGGAAAGACUGGAAAUUAUUUUGAAAGUAGAAGGGCCAACAGAAUGGGUAAAUUCUAUAGUGGUUGUUGAAAAACCGAGUGGCUCUAUUAGAAUAUGUUUAGACCCAAAGAACCUAAAUGAGGCAAUUUUACGAGAAUAUUUUCCGAUGCAAACAGCAGAUGACAUUAUUGCAGAUUGCCGAUUAGCAUUUGGAGUGAAAAGUGCCUCCGAAGUGUUUCAACAAGUGUUUCAACGAAAAAUAAGUGAAAUAAUCGAAGGUCUUGAAGGUUGUAAGAACAACCAAGAUGAUAUUAUAAUUUGGGGUCACUCGAAAGAGGAGCAUGAUGAAAGGCUCAAAGCAGUUCUAGAUAGAAUUAGAGAAGCAAAUUUGAAAUUAAACAAAGAAAAAAUGUGUUUUUUGUGUGCAAGAAUUGAAAUUUCGUGGACACACUCUUACUGCAUGUGGGGUCAAACCAGAUGAAGUUAAGGUUCAAGCUGUUAUGGAAAUGCCAGUUCCUGAAAACAAAUCGGAUCUUCGUCGAUUUAUGGGCAUGGUUACUUACUUAGGAAAAUUCUUGCCUAAUUUAUCGACUGUUUCAGCGCCAUUAAGACACCUUUUACAAUAUGACAUAAAAUGGAAUUGGACUGAACAGCAUGAACCAGCAUUAGAGAGCAUAAAGAAACUAAUUACGCAAAGUCCAAUACUUAAAUACUUUGAUCCAAAAUUGGUUACCAUAUCAGUAGAUGCAUCAAAAACAGGUUUAGGCACAGUCUUACUCCAAAAACAUGGUGAUGACUGGUUUCCAAUUGCAUAUGCUAGCAGGGCCAUGACAAUAUAUAAGUGAACAAAACUAUGCACAAAUAGAAAAAGAAACACUUGCAGUAGUUUUCGGGACACAUAGAUUUCAUAAUUAUUUGUAUGGAAAACGUUUUAAGGUAGAAACUCAUCAUAAACCUCUUCAACCGAUUUUUGCAAAAUCAAUUAUCAAAGCACCCCCCAGAAUACAAAGGUUCCUUCUUCGAUUACAGAGGUAUGACUUUGAUGUAGAAUUUACUCCUGGCAAGUAUUGGCAUAUAGCCGAUACAUUAUCAAGAGCAUACUUGUCAAAAAUUUCAGAAUCCGAAAUACCUGAAGUUGAGUAUCAAAUACAUUAUGUUGUUUCAAACUUGCCAAUUUCAUCAGAGAAAUUUCAAGAGUUUAAACAAGAAACAUUGAAAGACCCAGUUUUACAAGAAGUGAUGAAUCUUGUCAGAAAAGGAUGGCCACCAUUAUUCUCCGAAUGCUCACCAGAAGCUAAAGCAUUUUAUCACAUUAAGGAAGAACUUUCAAUUGUCGACGGUGUGAUUCUUAAAGUGGAUAAAGUUGUUAUUCCGUUGUCAAUGAAGCGUGACAUGUUGAAACGUAUUCAUGAAGGGCAUAUAGGAAUUGAGAAAUGUAAGGCUAGAGCUAGAGAAGUGAUGUACUGGCAUCAAAAUGUAGUGUUUGUUUACAACAUAGCAAUCGUCAGCAGAAAGAACCACUCAUAUCAUAUAUUCCUUCUAGUCCAUGGGAAAAGGUUGGAUCAGAUCUGUUCCAUUGUCUUGGACAGAACUAUCUAGUUAUUGUAGAUUAUUACUCCAAUUCUCCUGAAGUUUGUUUGCGACAGGACACACAUAGUGCAACUGUGGUAAAACAUAUGAAAUCAGUCGGUAUGGCAUUCCCAAGACGAUUGUCAGUGAUAAUGGUCCUCAAUAUUCCAGUUUUCAAUUUCAGCAGUUUUGUAAGGAGUAUGAUAUGAAACAUAGUCCAAGUAGUCCAGAACAUCCCAAGUCAAAUGGGUUUGCUGAGAAUUCGGUUAAAACUAUAAAGAAAUUACUAAAGAAAGCAAAGAAAGCCAAUGAUGAUCCAUAUUUAGCACUGUUAUCUUAUCGUUCUACUCCUACAGCUGAUGGGUUACCAUCUCCAGCCGAGAGAAUGUUUGAAAGAAAGAUUAUAAAUCGCUUGCCGUCUUUUAAGCCGUUGGUGAAAAAUGAGAGCUUAUCGUUAAAGUUGCAACAGAAUAGAAUGAAGCAAAAAUUCUAUUAUGAUAAGAAUGCAACAGACCUUUGUAAACUUUCUCCUGGAUCAACUGUUCGUAUUCGACAAGGUGAUCAGAAAGAAUGGUCAACUAAGUGCAAGGUAGUUUGAAAUACGACAUUUCCAAGAUCGUAUGUUGUCGAAACUCCUUGUGGGAAUCAUCUUCAAAGAAAUAGAAAGGAUCUUUUGUUAACGUCAGAAACGUUUGAGGUUGAAACCGAUGUUGAUGUAGAUCCAAGCCCUCCUGUUCCGGUUUCUGAAGAAUUACCAGUGCAACAACGAGCUGUUGAAAAACAUGUAACUGGAUCUGGACGUGUUAGCAAACUGCCAUCAAGAUAUGUUCCAUAG